CAGACCGUAGCCCGAAGCUUUUUUCAGCUUGGGUUGGGAGAAAACGGGUCGACUCGUCGUGUCAGGCUCAUGUCUGAAAACCCAAACAGACGGUCACAUUUCAGCAGAAAGUCAACUGCACAGGUCGGCAAAGCCAGAACAGCAGCAAGAUGGAGUGUGAGUGGAAACCAGACGAGCAAGGACUUCAACAAAUUUUACAGCUGCUGAAGGAGUCUCAGUCGCCUGAUACGUCCACACAGAGAUCCGUCCAGCAAAGACUCGAGCAGCUGAAUCAGUAUCCAGACUUUAACAACUAUUUGAUAUUUGUUUUGACAAAGUUGAAAUCGGAAGAUGAACCGACCCGGUCCUUGAGCGGGCUGAUACUGAAGAACAAUGUGAAAGCUCACUAUCAGAACUUCCCUAAUGGCGUGUCUGAUUUCAUCAAGAGUGAGUGCCUCCAAAACAUCGGAGACUCAUCUCCUCUGAUUCGGGCCACUGUUGGCAUCCUCAUCACUACAAUUGCCUCCAAGGGAGAGCUACAAAACUGGCCGGAGCUGUUACCCAAACUCUGCCUGCUGCUGGAUUCUGAGGAUUACAACACAUGUGAAGGAGCUUUCGGAGCUCUUCAGAAGAUCUGCGAGGACUCUGCUGAGAUCCUGGACAGUGACAUGCUGGACCGUCCUCUGAACAUCAUGAUCCCCAAGUUCUUGCAGUUUUUCAAACACAGCAGUCCUAAGAUUAGGUCUCAUGCCAUCGCCUGCGUCAAUCAGUUCAUCAUCAGCAGGACUCAGGCUCUUAUGCUUCACAUCGAUCCUUUCAUUGAGAAUCUCUUUGCACUGGCAACAGAUGAUGAGCCAGAAGUGAGGAAGAAUGUUUGUAGAGCUCUUGUUAUGUUGCUUGAGGUUCGCCUCGAUCGUCUCCUGCCACACAUGCAUAACAUCAUAGAGUACAUGCUACAGAGGACUCAGGACCAUGACGAGAAUGUUGCCUUGGAGGCCUGUGAGUUCUGGCUGACACUGGCCGAGCAGCCGGUGUGUAAGGAAGUGCUGUGUGGCCACCUCUCCCAGCUCACUCCGGUGCUUGUCAACGGGAUGAAGUACUCUGAGAUUGACAUCAUUCUGCUCAAGGGAGACAUUGAAGAGGAUGAGGCCAUUCCAGACAACGAGCAAGACAUCAGACCACGUUUCCAUCGCUCCCGCACUGUUGCCCAACAGCAUGAGGGUGAUGGAAUUGAGGAUGAGGAGGAUGAAGAUGACGAACUAGAUGAUGAUGAUACUAUCUCUGACUGGAACCUGCGCAAGUGUUCAGCAGCAGCGCUCGACGUGUUGGCCAACGUGUUCAGGGAAGAUCUGUUGAUGCACAUUCUGCCUCUUCUCAAAGAGCUGCUUUUCCAUCCAGAGUGGGUAGUUAAAGAGUCUGGAAUCCUAGUGCUGGGGGCUAUAGCUGAAGGCUGCAUGCAAGGAAUGAUCCCAUACCUGCCUGAGCUCAUCCCUCAUCUCAUCCAGUGUUUGUCUGACAAGAAAGCCCUGGUGCGGUCUAUCACCUGUUGGACACUGAGCCGCUAUGCACACUGGGUUGUCAGCCAGCCUCCGGAUGUUUACCUGAAGCCUUUAAUGACAGAGCUGCUCAAACGCAUUUUGGAUAGCAACAAGCGUGUGCAGGAGGCUGCUUGCAGUGCCUUUGCCACUUUGGAGGAGGAGGCUUGUACAGAGCUGGUGCCCUACCUGGCAUUCAUCCUGGACACACUGGUGUUUGCUUUCAGCAAGUACCAACAUAAAAAUCUGCUAAUUCUUUAUGACGCGAUAGGAACACUUGCAGAUUCAGUGGGCCACCAUCUCAAUAAACCGGAGUACAUCCAGAUGUUGAUGCCACCCUUGAUCCAGAAAUGGAACCAACUAAAAGAUGAAGACAAAGAUCUUUUCCCUUUGUUAGAAUGUCUGUCAUCUGUAGCCACAGCACUGCAGAGUGGCUUCCUGCCCUACUGUGAGCCCGUGUACCAACGCUGUGUCAACCUCGUCCAGAAGACCCUCGCUCAGUCCAUGCUUCAUCAGUCCCAACCAGAACAGUAUGAGGCCCCUGACAAAGACUUCAUGAUUGUGGCUUUGGAUCUUCUUAGUGGACUGGCAGAAGGUUUGGGAGGCACCAUUGAGCAGCUGGUGGCUCGUAGCAAUAUCCUCACCCUCAUGUACCAGUGCAUGCAGGACAAAAUGCCAGAAGUUCGUCAGAGUUCAUUUGCUCUGCUAGGGGAUCUCACCAAGGCUUGUUUCCAGCAUGUCAAACCAUGCAUCGCUGAUUUUAUGCCCAUACUGGGUACAAAUUUAAACCCAGAGUUAAUAUCAGUGUGCAACAAUGCAACAUGGGCAAUUGGAGAGAUAUCUAUACAAAUGGGGCCUGAAAUGCAGCCAUACAUUGCGAUGGUGCUGCACCAACUGGUGGAGAUCAUUAACAGGCCCAAUACCCCAAAGACACUACUGGAGAACACAGCAAUAACAAUUGGUCGUCUUGGUUACGUUUGUCCUCAAGAGGUGGCACCCAUGCUACAGCAGUUUAUAAGACCCUGGUGCACCUGUCUGCGAAAUAUAAGGGACAACGAGGAGAAGGAUUCCGCAUUCAGAGGAAUUUGCACUAUGAUUAGUGUAAAUCCAGGAGGUGUAGUGCAGGAUUUUAUAUUCUUCUGUGAUGCAGUGGCUUCCUGGGUCAAUCCAAAGGAUGACCUCAGAGACAUGUUCUACAAGAUCCUUCAUGGGUUUAAGAACCAGGUGGGAGACGACAACUGGAGACGCUUCGCAGAUCAGUUUCCAAUGCCACUGAAGGAACGGUUGGCAACCUUUUAUGGGGUGUAACUGUUUCCACAGUACGUGCCUCAUCGUUGGGGUCAUUCACUAUGGGAGACAAUAUCGGGAACCAUCCCAGGGAGCAUGUUACCCUUUACUGGGGGGAAGGGUCUGCCUGCUGAGGGAAGGGGAAGGGGUGCUGACCCCCCUCCUUGACCUGGUGGAUGGGGUGGGAGGGAGAUGAUAGCUACAGUUCUCAGUGCCCCUAUGCGCAGACAAAGGGGCAAAAGGGACUGGCAUGACAACCUUAUCACUGGAGGAAAAUUCAUCUAAUCAUAUCUGAAUCAGAAGUUGUAGUUUAUUGGUUGUUGGGGUUUUUUUUGUUUUUGUUUUGUUUUUUUUGCUUUUUCCUCUCCAUUUAUUCUCCAAACAUCUUGUUUUCUGGACUACUGAGAAGAAAUGAAUGCGGAAAAAAUUGAGAAAUCUUUACAAAACCCUGUACUUUUUGUUAGACAAGGAGAAAUGUAGGUCUUCUGCUCAGAUAUGCGUUUAUAAGAGUAAACGAGAAGUAUUAUGAAGUAAAGCUGAAGGUUCUUUGAGACACAUUUCCUGUAAGUACAGAGAUGGUUUAAAGUUCCUACAGAAAAGGCUGUUUUGUCACAAGGGAGCACAUAGUUGUUUUGUUUGGGGUUUGUUUUUCUUGGGGGGGGGGUGUUUUUGUUUUUUAAAUGAGCAGCUUUUCUGAAAAUGGGUAGCAUGUGUAUAUCAUUGUGGAAAAGCUGUAGUGAAAUGUGUUGACAGCUGUCGUUGAGCUUUGAUAAGGUUCUGUUUUUUUGGGUCUUGUAUUUACAGUACUCAUGUUUUCUUCUACUGGAGAUUUACGGCAAUCAGCUGUAAUGUAGCAUGACGGGCUUUACACACACUGACUUAGGAAAAUGUGUAAAAUCUUGGCUGUGGUGUGAUGUCCGAGUGAAUCAUUGUUUGGUCUUGUGGCGUGAAUGUGACAUGGACAUUCAUCUGCAGGCAUAUCAAAGCUUUAGAUGCUUACUUUAUCCUUUUAUAUUGUCUGAGCCUCGGAAAGGACAAAUGAAGGGGAAGCAUGCAGGAUAACAAGAUCCUGUUUGUUGAUUAUUAUGUCAUUGUGUUUUGGACGUAAAUAUCACAAUGGCACAAAUCCUGUCUCAGUGAUGGGGGUUUUUUUGGUUUUUUUUUUUUUUGGUUUUUUGUUUUUUAAAUUUUGGGUUUUUUUUGUGACUUUGGUCGUCAGAACCAUAUAAACCAUCAAAUCAAUGUUAACUAUGUUAAUUUCUCAAUGUACUGAUUAUUGUUAUUGGUUGUUGGAAUUUUUGUGCUAAAAGCAUGAUCUUGAGGAUGACUUUCUAAUGUUUUGGGUGGUUGUCACUGUGGGGUACUUUCAUCUUUUGCAUGUUGGUGGCCCCUUACACCCCAACUUAAAGUGGGAAGGUUGCAGGAGCUUCAAUCAAGUUUUGGUUUUAUUUUAUUUUUUUAUAGCAACCAUUUAUGUUCAGCAUCACUGUGACUUUUAAAGACUUCACAGUAAUCUUGCUGGAGUGUUCUCUUCCUCACCUUUCACCUAUAGUUGGAUAUGUAGAUUUUAAAUACUGUGAAAUUACAUGUUGUUGUCUUCUUGUGUUGCAGUGUUAUGUUUUUUUGUUGUUGUUGUUGUUGUUUGUUUUGUUUUUUUUAAAUCUAUAUGUUUAAGUUGCAGAUGGCCUGAAUGUAUUCCAUGAUGGAUUUUUAUUUUUUAUUUUUAUUUUUAUAUUAUUGUUUUGUUUAAUUUUAAUUUUUUAUGCCCAUCCAUUCUUCCUCUGCUGGCCAGAGUAAUAACUGCAGUAUUUAAAUCCUUUGUGAUGCACCUAAAAUGUACUUACUUACCUACCUACUUACUUAGCAAGUGCUUAAAAUGAAUGAUGUAGCCAAACACUUUAGAAUAUGACCUGACAGGUCGUUGAGCAUUGCUGCUAAAAUGUGUGGACCUUAAUGCAUUAAGCAUCUUGAUCCAAUUGGGAUAUUAGAGUGUAGAAGUAGUUUAAUGUGUUAGCUCAACUGCCACAUUAAGAAAUGUAUUACUAAUCUUAGAUUAAACAUUUUUUGAGGACAUACACGGUGAAUGCAGGUUAUAAUGCAUCAUGGAAUACAGAGGCAAAUACUUGUAUGUGUCACAUCAUUAUGUGUUUAGAAGUGAUUUUUGUCUUGUCACAUUCCAGCUGUUUGGCUUGCAAAAAUAUGAAGUAAUUGCAGCUUGACGGGGUGGAUGUGCACACACUUCUGUUCUUUCUUCAAAAGAUGGUAGUUCUACAAAACACACAACAAUCCCAAUUACUACUGUGCUAUAAUUUUGACGUAACUGCUGCUAUACAUUGUACUUGUGUUUCACUAUGUAUGAAUAUGUUUUUGUGUUAACCUCAGGUUGUGUUUUUGUCGUGUGUGUGUGUGUGUGUGUGUGUGUGUGUGUGUGUGUGUGUGUGUUUCUAUUUGUUUGUUUUUUUUAAUCGAUUUCCUCAUGUCUCCACCUUUCCACAUCUCUUCAAACAAGAAAGAUUGGUUUAAAAAGCCACCCCAUCAUCAAUGGGUGUUAAUUCACAUUAGCAUUAAUACAUGCAACACUGCUAGCUGAACAGUGGGAUUACAGUUGGAAACCAGGAAGUAGGAACGAUUCCUACUUCUACAUCUUUAUUGUCAAACGUGAUUGUUAUCAGGCUUAGGUAAAUGGUGUAAUCUCUGCACAAUGCCUUGAAUGCAAAUACUUUGAGGAUUUUUGCUGGGGUUUUGCAAUAGAAGUACAGUACACUGUAUGUAGAGAUGCAGGUGAAAGCUGAUUUAAAAGCAAUUGCAUAUGUUGACAACUCUGCAAAUAUAGGUUUGACUUUCUAUGAAGCUUUAUUGAAAAAUUUGUAUUUUAUAAAGCACCCAUCAAUAUUAAGGAAUGUCUAGUCAAGGAGCUCUAGUAGUCUACAGUUUAAUUAGCCUUUAAACUUGAUUAGAUUGUCUGCCUUCAUCCUUUUGCUAAUGAAAGUGAAAACAUCAUUCUCAUAGACAUGUUUUGAUUUUUCUUCUUUUUUUUAUAAGCUGCUGAAUUUUAAAAAUAAGUAAUACUUUUGGGGCCACCAAAUAUUUUGGAUCAUGCAAAGACUCUAUAUUGUACUGUAGUAAUUUUGUAAUAUUUGUAAGAUGAUAUAGUGGGUGUGACUGGUUACCAUUGCUUGAAUCUGUACAUUGUUCCAAUAAAUUGUUUACAUUA